GUUAUUGAAUAGCACCAUGUUUGGCGGAACAACCGAAAAGCAAAAAGCGUCGAUGCAAAAGGGCUUUGCCGCGGCAAUAUCGUCCAUCGAAGUGAAAAAGUCUCAGACUGAUGGCGAGGCGGGGGCAUCCGAUAAUGAAAGUGUCGAACAUCCAACCCAUGCUCCGUCCUUAUCGCAUAAUAAACAACUGGGGGAGGCCUCCGAGGUGCUUCGCAUCAAUAUCGAGAGCGAGAGCGUUGAGAUCAGUAAUAUUCGUCUGUUCUCGCUUGACGAGGUCGACUUUACCGUGCUUACUCGCUGUACAUCUCUUUCGUUGCGGAAAAAUCUCAUUCAUGGGCUUUCACCGCUUCCCAUACAUUUGGCAAAUCGCCUCGAGGAACUCGACUUUUUUGACAACAAGAUUAAAAAGGUGGGAAGUUUUUUCGAAACCGCCCUUGUGGAAACCUCUAUGAAUCAAAACGUGCAGUGGAUUAAGCAGCCACAAUGCAAGCCUUUCUCGUCUCUAGUUAAGCUCGACUUUAGUUAUAAUCAAAUACGCGUGAUAUCUGGACUGGAAACGUUGGGAGAAACACUCAAAGAAUUAUAUCUUGUGGAGAAUAAAAUUAAGGUUAUUCAAGGUCUCGAUGCGCUCCACAACUUGGUUCUGUUGGAACUAGGUGGAAAUCAUAUCCGUGAGAUCGGACCCGGCUUAAAAAAUCUUGUUAAUCUCAAACAGCUAUGGCUUGGAAAGAAUAAGAUAGUGAAUAUUGGAGAUAGUCUUCACACCUUACGCUCGUUGGAGCUUUUAAGCCUGCAGGCGAAUCGAAUUCUUGCCGUGGAUAUGGAUUGCUUUAAGAAUGAAUAUCACCCCUGCCUACGUGAGCUGUAUUUAUCGGAAAAUGGCAUUAGUGAAAUUGAACAUAUCUGCCUCUAUAAUCUUCGUACACUUGAUUUUAGCUUUAAUCCCAUUGAGCACAUCAACGAAGAGGUAAUUAAUUACGCGAAUAUGCCACUUCUGGAGGAAUUUUGGCUUACUGACGGGAAGAUUAGCGAGUGGGGGGAGGUGCAGAAGCUCGAGCCUCUUAAAAAAACCCUCCGGACGGUCUAUCUUGAGCGAAAUCCUAUAGAGCAGGAUAAGCGGUAUAGAAACAAGGUGUAUUUAUACUUGCCGUUCGUAGAGCAAAUCGAUUCCUGGCCAGUGGGAAAUAUGCUGGAUUUGGAGAUGGAUCGAAGUAUUCAACGUGGUCAAUGAAAAAAAAUACAAAUAUGGAAAAAUGAGUGUUAGAAACAUUAUUAAUGGAAUUUUUUUGUUCUUUUGUAUGAAUAUGUUUAGGGACGUUUAGGCAUAUACCUCUAUUUAUA